CCCCCGCGCCGCACCGCCCCGCAGCCGGCGGAGCUGGGUCGCCGCGCCAUGAAGAUCAAGGAUGCCAAGAAGCCGUCGUUUCCAUGGUUUGGCAUGGACAUUGGGGGAACUUUGGUGAAACUUGCUUAUUUCGAACCCAUCGAUAUCACUGCGGAGGAGGAGCAAGAGGAAGUUGAAAGCUUGAAGAGCAUCCGCAAAUACCUGACUUCCAACGUAGCCUAUGGAUCCACUGGCAUUCGAGACGUCCACCUCGAGCUGAAAGACUUAACGAUUUUCGGUCGGAGAGGAAACUUGCACUUUAUUCGAUUUCCAACUCAUGAUUUGCCUACUUUUAUCCAAAUGGGAAGAGAUAAGAACUUUUCCACGCUGCAUACGGUGCUCUGUGCCACGGGAGGCGGCGCUUACAAGUUUGAGGAAGACUUUCGCACGAUUGGAAACCUCCAGCUGCACAAACUGGAUGAGCUUGACUGCCUUGUCAAAGGCUUGUUGUACAUAGACUCCGUCAGCUUCAACGGCCAGGCAGAGUGCUAUUACUUUGAAAAUGCCUCAGAACCUGAGCGAUGCCAGAAGAUGCCUUUUAACCUGGAUGACCCGUAUCCGUUGCUGGUUGUUAACAUUGGUUCAGGAGUCAGUAUUUUAUCAGUCCAUUCCAAAGACAACUAUAAGAGAGUAACUGGAACGAGUCUAGGUGGAGGAACCUUUCUUGGUUUAUGCAGUUUGUUGACAGGCUGUGAAAGUUUUGAAGAAGCCUUGGAAAUGGCAUCCAAAGGAGACAGCACACAUGCUGACAAGCUGGUUCGAGAUAUUUAUGGGGGAGACUAUGAAAGAUUUGGCUUGCCAGGAUGGGCUGUAGCAUCCAGUUUUGGGAAUAUGAUCUACAAAGAGAAGAGAGAGACUGUUAGUAAAGAAGAUCUUGCCAGAGCCAUAUUGGUCACCAUCACCAAUAACAUUGGGUCCAUUGCCCGGAUGUGUGCAGUAAAUGAGAAAAUAAAUAGAGUUGUGUUUGUUGGCAAUUUUUUACGUGUGAAUACUUUGUCAAUGAAGCUUCUUGCGUAUGCACUGGAUUACUGGUCGAAAGGCCAGCUGAAGGCCUUGUUCCUAGAACACGAGGGCUACUUUGGAGCUGUUGGUGCUCUUCUUGGGCUGCCUAAUUUCAGUUGAGAUACAAGAGGUCACUACACUGAACUAUUUUCCACCUGGAUGACACUUGUUUAUGGCAAUGGGAGCUAAAUCUGGGGAGGGGAAAAGGAAAUAACAGAUUUUCUGUAACUUUUUAAAUUUAAAAAGUGAUGAGCUACUGAAUAUUGCCAUUAUAAGGAAGCAGUUUUUUACUCCGUUGGGCAUUCAAAAGUGAAAUAUUUGGGGAUAUCAUUUAUGUUCAUUAAUUCAUGUAGCUGAUGUUGAACUUCUAGUAAGCAAUACAUCCUCGAAGAACAAGCUUCUGGAAGAAGGAAUGUCAACCCUUCAAGUGCUCCACACUGAAAUAUUGCAGGUUUCCUCCUGAGGCUUUAGGCCUUUUUUGUAUAUCACUGAAUGAAAAAUGAUUUUUAUUGGUUCUACUUCAGCAUGAGCACAAUUUCCCUUGUGUACACAAUCUUAAAAACAGUAUGGUAGUAUCAACAAAGUCAGGAGACCGUAGGCAAUUGCUUCCUACAGUUACCAUAGUAAUUACUCUGUUUUUAUGGGUAAUGGAAAUAUAGUUAAUGCUCUGAUUUUCAGCGGGAAGAAUAAAAACACAGAAAAUCAGCCGAAGCAGCAGGGUAAGCAGUUGAUGUUUUAAAGGUUUUGUGACUGUACGUACCUGCCCUCUGCGCUCAUUUGAAGGUUUGCCUGAUUUAUUUUAUGUCUCCUCCAGGAUGUAACUUCCCAGAACAGACAACAUUAUUUUGGGGAGUUUUCUUGGUGUCUCAUAAAUUCUGACAUCAUACAUCAUUAGUUGUAUAGGCACCACAAAGCCUGUGAGAGUUAAAUCCUCAUAAAGUAGACUGAAAAUGGAACAUGACAGUUGUGAUGCUUUGGCUCAUCUAUACGGAGAUUUGGACAUUUUCUCUGCCAUACUACUCUAUUGAAAAUCUGAUUUCUCUGUAAUUUCAUGAGUUAAUCAGACUCUAAUUAGAUGUCCAGAAUGGAAGAUCACUUGGUUGCUUUUGGAUUCGUGAGUUUGUGCUAAGAAAGUUGAGGGCAGCAUCAGAGGUUGUAUUGCUGUACUUGAAGUACAAUAUACAGUGCACUCACAGUACGGAACCGUUCAUUGAACUGUGGCCUUGGGAUAAACUCCACACUCUGGAACUGAUCUUUCAAUAUUUUUUCCUGUAUACUUUUAAAAUUUACAGUUGUUAUUAUUGUAAUAAACGUCCUGAAGCAGGGCGUGAGAUCUUAAACUUGAAAGGAGAUUAUACAGUCAUUAGCUAUUUGAAUCUUUGUGGACUAAAAAAAAUACUCAAAUUUCUGAUAUGAUUUUAAUGUUAUUUCCUAUAAGUGCAUGAGGAGCAACCAAAGUAGAACGCGUUCGUGUUGGGUUUUAAUGUGUUUUAAAACUGAUGAUUGCUCAAGAAUUCCACAGCAUGGCUGCAUUGUAUUCACAGGCGCGUCCACCCGGUAUGUUUGACAGCUCAGUGUGCAAUUUUCAGUUGUCCUUCAUUUAAUUUCAGAGCCCCGUGAUAACAUUGCAUGGGGUUUUGUUGUUGUCAUUCUUUUUGUUUUGCUUCUAAGAAGGAAACAAACUGUCAUCCUGUGAGAGUGCAGUAACUUGGAGCAGCCACCUUGUUAAGCCCAACGCCGAUCUCAGAUGCAGUUCGUCUGCUGCUGCUUUUCCUAGUGCUCAUAUCCCGUUUCCAUUGCGCUUGCUGUGAUAAUUCAAAGUAGGCAUUAAAAAAAAAAAUGCAUACUCACAGUUCAACCGAUCUAAUGCUCUUCAGAGCACUUCAGCUGAUGGGUGAAUGUGGCUUUUGUAGUGUCUUAUAAAUACUAUACAUCAUUACUUUUGAGUUCUAAUUGACUAUAGAAAGUGGCCUUGAUUUGGCUGCAAAAUUUUGUAAAAAGAAAAAAAAUUCUGAAUGUUUUGACAGCCUCCUGAUAAUUUAUUUUCCUUGCAAAGUGAAGUAUCUUAAGGCACACUGCAGCUUGAUUGAAAACAGUUCCUUCAGACUGUUUAUUGCUGCUUCACUUCUCGUUCUGUUACUGAAGCAGUAAUUGGAAGUAUCUAUUAUGUUUAACAAGAAGCACAUGUAGGGAGGAGAUGGUUACUUAAUGAACAUGACCGUGGUUAAUUUAAACCAUUUGAAGCUGAUAUGACCUGAAAUACAUUUUUAAGGUUAAUUGGGCAAUUACAGAAUAAAUUAAUGGAGUAAUUACUGAAUAGCAGUACUGUAUAGAAACUACUGUGAGAAUGGAGAGGUGUGCCCUACCUCUCAUUUCCUUUCCUUGAGCGUGCAAAAAUACAGCUGCUUCCUUUUGUUUGUUUCAUCAGCACAAUUGGUACUUCAUUGCUUCAAGUUUUCAAGCCUGGCUGUAAGGGCCAGGGAUGCUUUGUUUAAGCCAGAUCUUUUGGUUUGUCUCAUUUUCUCUCAACUUGGAACUUGUUACUGGAGUCUCCGAAGGUUGGCUCUACCACCACCAGUAACGCUAGGCUUCACAAAUAGUUGUGAGAUAAGCCUUCAAGUCUUCUUAUCUAAACUCUCUUCUAAAUUGGCUGAAAAGGCUUGUAUCCUCUAUAUGAAUAACAGAAGUAACUUGCUUUUUCCUGACCCCUGUUUUUUACUUUCAUGCUUGCCAUUUCUCUUCCUCAAAGCUAAUGUGUUCAAGCUGCUUCAGAACAAAUGGAUUCAAUGUACAGCAGCAGAGGACAUCUGGGGUUUUCUCAGGGCUACUUUUCUCAAGUAGAACUGCUUUAAAGGAAGGCUGUCUGAUAGUUCUAAAGUAAAACAUAAAUCUCAUUUUGAACGUGUAAUUGCUUUCAACUCAAUCAGCCAUGCAAGUGCCUUUUAAGUUGUUCAUAUAAUGCCAAUUUUGAUGGUACUACUUAAUUCAUGAGAUUUCUUGACCAGUGUUGCUUAUCAGAUAAUUUUAUCGGCCAUGGAGAUGAUCCCUUCAAUCCAGUGUAGCUAGAGAUGCCAGGAAAACUGUGUCAGCUUUUGGGCUGCCCUUCUCCAUAGCCCUUACCUUGGGGUAGUGCCUUUGCACUUCUGUCUCUCUCUAGCUUGACCUUUUUAACUGUUAAACGCACAAUUUUAUUCUAUCCGUAUCUCCCGGAAAGUUGUACUGGUUUUUAUCCAGAUGAGUAAAGAUAGUAGAAAUGUUUUUUUUUUUUUCUGGCCAAAGAAGUUUUUAUAUGAAACUAUCCCAAGCUGGUACGGCUGUUAACCUUAACCUCCUUCUCCGUUCCAGUUCUACAAAGGGUAACAGCAGUUUGAACAAUAAGAGAACUUUUUCUACGAUCCACUUUGAAUAGUUAGUGAGCUAGAGUGAACCCAUCUUAGCAGAGGUUUAAGUAUAAAUACUACUACAGUCUUUAUUUAAAAAAGACUUAAUGUUAACAGUUCAGAGAGAAGCAGCUUUGGUAUAUUUUGUCUAGGUUGGUCCAGAUUUUAAAAGGGUAUUUGGAUGUCUGCUGUACCUUUGGAAGAUCUUUGCCUGUGUUUCUCUAGGGGCGAGCAAGCACCUGUGUGAUGAUAGCAGCACAACAUAGAAUACUUCCUUCUGUGUUUCAGAGUUGGGACAGCAGGAUCUCAUUUCUUCUAUGCCACACUUACUCUCAGCCUGCACAUUAAGAAUGAAAGUUAAAUUCUGGCUUCUCUUAGUGGAAUAAAUGUUCCUCCAGUAGUGCUGUGAGAUGUCUGCUUGCGUUUGAGUUGCUAAUAUAUCUGGGAGGUGAUUGUAUUGCCUUCAAGGAUUAAUUAUUAAUGCUUUGUCUCUAUCCAGGUUAGGUCUUCAGGAAGUUCCUACUUCCAAGUAAGUUGCAAUAGCUUCUCAUUCUUAAAUGUUUCAGAAUAACAGUGAGGUUCUAACAUCUGAAACUAAUUAGUAUCUUUUUUCUGGAGUAAAUCUCUGCUUAUUAUAGACUAGAUGGUAUCUUAUGCAUUCUCUCUGUAACUUGCACUAAUGCCUACAUUCAUUCAAACCACACUUUAAACAUCACUUUCACUACUCACAAUCUGGAAACUGGUUGGAUGUAAUUCUGAGGCAACAGUUUGCUUGAGUUCAGAACAGGGAUCAAGAUCAGUGUAGUUCUGUUCAGCUGCUUGUGGUCAGCUUUUUAUCCCCAGUCCAUUUGCACAUAUCCUGAGGUUACUUCUUUCCCAUGUCAGUGUUCUCCUAGUGCCAGGGAUUUCUACAUCCUUUUUUAAAUUACUGUUAUUAUGUAGGCUUAAAAGACACUGAGUGUGUAAUAGAGCUGUUCUUAGGUUACAAAGCAACCAGAAAUACUGUGGGUCAGACUGGAAGUGUUUGACUAAGACCUGUUGAUUACAGUGCAGAGCUGGGAAGACACUUGACACAUCCAGUUUCUGUUUUGGUUUUACUGUUGAACAUUUAACACAGUGAGAGGGAGAAUAGUUCAGAUCAUUGUAGAUAAAAUGGACAAAUUACAAAGUCCUCAGACGUGACCACGGGAGACAAAAAACAAAAAACACCUUGUUGCACAGCAUGGAGGGAUAAUUGUCCACUUGCAUUCUUUGAGUUUUAUUACUGUAUUCCAAAGUACAUUGCCAGUAUUCUGUCAUCUGAGAUAGAAUAUUAUUCAUUCUUUGUGUUAAAGUCUGCAAAAAAGCCUAUUUAGUUACUUUUGUUUACUUCACACAUAGAAAAUGUAUUAAACGUUUGUAAAAAUGUAUUUCACGCUUUGUGAAAACAUCUCAGAAGAUGCUGUAAUAUAUUUGUAAUUAUUUGUGUGCUGAUGGAAUAUGUUGGAGCAGUCUAAGUCUGCAUGACUGAGUGCCAAGUCCUGUUCCCUUCACUUACUGAAGUGGAUAGUUCUCCUAAGUGGGGGCUGUUUUAAAUGAGUGAGCAGGAUUUGGCCUCAGGGCCUCCUGCCCGGGGAACACAGUCAUGCUACUAUGCAUAUUCCUGCUGGUGCUGCAUCAUCUGUUGAAAAAGAAAAAUUCUAAAUAGAAAUUGUAAAUAAAAUACGUGUAGCCUGGUCCUUCUGAGAGGCUUAAAAUGGAGAAGGUGUAGGUUCCCAUUCUGCUUUCUGCAAGGUUCCUAACAUUCCGGUGGUGUGUUACGGUACGGAUCGUUCUCAUUGCAGGAUUUCAGUGUUAGCUGCAGGCUUGUUUUGUCAUUGUACCUGUUUUAAGCAGAUAGGACUAGGACAGGAUCAGCAUUUGUUCUCUGCUAAAACAAAAGAAAAUCAGACAUUCCUUUUAGCACUUGGGAAAGUUUUUGAAGAAAUGCAGAAAUACCGUUUAAAAUGAAAUGUGUUGAUUAGUCUCGUCCAUGAAAUGAACUGGAAUAUGGUGUAGCAAUUGCUAAUCCCUGCUAUAAAUUGCUGGCGUUUCACAAUUUCUCUAGCAUCACUUUGAGAGCACUGUAAAUACAGACUUUGGAGGAGGUGUGUUAGAUCCAGGCUGUGCGUUACAAACAAUAAUGAUAAGACUAGGGAACUAGUAUUUUGAGAAGUAAUGAAUUAACAGCAUCUAGAACGUGGAAAUGAGUGUUUUGAUGUUAUAGGAUGUAGAGGGCUUUUGAUAAUCUGCGCUUUUUGACAUUUCUGAUGAGUUUUGGCAUUUUAACACACAAGUAUUUUUCCAUUGACCGUCCUGUCGUACACAGGCCUGCUAAUGACCAAUUCCUGUCUCCAGGUGUUUGUUUUAGAUGCUUAGCAAAACGAACGGGCAGAUUGGUAACGUGCGAACCCCUUGUAGGAUGGAAGUUCUCUUAAGAGCCAUUUGGUUAAGUUGCCUUAUUCUAUGACAUUGCACUCAUGUUAUGUCUUUGCUUCCUUGUUUACUGUUCUGACACUGAAGAUGUGAUAGAAAAAAUGCGCUACAAAUUUUUAUUCCUAAAUUACUGAUUAAUACCUUUGUGUCACCUGUUAAUACAGCUCUUGUAAAUGAUACCUUUAUGCCAUCUGUAAUGCAGCUCUUGUAAAUUGUUUAAAUUAUUUCUUUUUAUAGAUUCUCAUUAUUGAAUGUACAGAUUAGACCCUUUAUUAUGUCACUGAAUAAUGUCACUGGGCCCUAAACGUGGCCAAGGCUGUAAACCAUCCCAUCAAAACUGUAAAUAACUCUUUACUGCUUGUUUGCAUGAAUGAAGUUUGCAUUUCAUUUACUUUGUCAUCAGCCAACUCCUCUGUGAUGGGCCUGCUUUUUACCGUUCAUUUUCCUGGUUUUAUUAGCAUUCAUUCUGUAUGAAUGUUGAAACAGUACUUUUGUCUUUUCCUAAUAAAUAACUAGAAAUUGUUCA